UUGGAUGAAACUCACAACAGAAUGAAUGUUUUGGAUCGGUAACAAAGAUCAAAAGCUCAUUGGAUUAAAAUAUUCAUACAUAUGAAACAAUUUUGCAAUUUUGUGUUGAAGUUGUUUAUCUAGAAAAAGGAUAUAUAUACCCCACGGCACAUACAUGCCAUUUCACAAAUCCCUUUUAGUCUUUCCGCCAUUCUAGAGCUCAGAAGGAAAUCCAUGGCGAUAGCAGAAAUCCAUCAAGAUAUCAUUCAAACUCACAUCUUGACCAGACUCAACGGUCAAUCUCUAGCCAAUGCCGGCUGCACGUCUUUGCUUCUACAAUCCCUUUGCUCCGACGAGAAACUAUGGUCAGAUAUCUGUUCUUCCGAUUGGCCCUCCACCGAUGACCCGUUAGUCAAACAAGCUAUUUCCAACUUCCCCUCAGGCCACCGUUCUUUCUUCUCCGAAUCCUUCCCAUCUCCCUCCAACCGCCUCACCACCACCUCACCACUACCACAAACCUCCCAAAUCAUCUCCUCCGUGGACAUCAGAUACAACGACGAGCUGAUGUUCUCCAAGGUUGAAUCCACGAACACCACACCGAGCGACUGGUUCCAAACCUCGCCGUUUCGAAUCGACCUACUUGAACCCAAAGAACUCAUCCCAUCAGUGGUGAAGUUUUCCAGUGAUGAUCAGGUAAUGCAAUCGAAUCUUGAAAAGCACAUGACCUUGAGUUGGAUCUUAAUAAACCCAACCCUGAAUCGGGCAAUGAAUCUAUCCAGCAAGAAACCAGUUUCUGUUCAACGGAACUGGUUAACCGAUGAGAUAGAGUUGAACUACGCGUUUGUGGCGGUUUCCGGCAUUUCUGUAUAUGAUACCGUCUACGUGAACUGCAACAUAGAGAUCACAUGCGGGGUUAAGCAAACCAGCGGGGAGUUAUACGUGAGUGGGAUGAGUUUAACUGUUCAAGACAUUGAUGGCAAGUGUUUAAGCGGGAAGACCAGUAUGGAAGUUCUACAAGGACUUGCGGUGGCUGAGCGGCGGAGCACAAGGUACAAUGGCGGAGGUGAUGACCUGAAAGAGAGAUACGAAGAGUAUAUUCAAAAGAGAAGAGAGAGAAAAGACAUGAUGGAGAGGAGAGAGAGGCGUCUUGACCUAGUUUGUGUUGCAGGUGGGAUAGCUUUCUUGAUGGCAUUUUGGUCAUUUGCUCUCUACUAAAUUACAACAUCAAUGAAGAUGCUUUGCUUAGGCCUUAAGGUUACAACUUACAAAUUCUUUUGGUUUGUCAAAUUAUGUACAUUGUAACUAUUGGUUUUUUAGCUUAGCCGUAUUAAAUUG